UGAGGAGGAAGCGCCAUAGCCACGGUAGUCCUGGCGACAAGAACCCAGCAACGAGAAUCAACAACAACAGCCCGAUUCAUUGAAACUAUAAAACAAAUCCAAAAUACCGGUGGAAAAUUCACUCGGACUUAAAGACUUUAAACCAGGCUAUCUCAAUGGCAACUCCAGCCUAUGUGGGGGAGCUGCAACAGGCCUCCCAGGCGCAAGGGGGCACCGUAACCGUAGCAUCGGGGCAGUCUGCCGCCGCUGCUGCCUCUGCAGCCCCUCAGCAGUUCCUGGCAGAGCUGCAGACCACUGUAGCGUCCGGCUCAGUGUCGGCGCCCACGGGCCAGACCACACCCCCUCCUACAACAGCCCAGAAAACACAAGUAGUUGCCCAAGCCCCGCCCACUCAAGCCCCACCCACACAGACCCAGUAUGUCACAGCUGAAAUUCAGAGUUCACCCACACAGUCCAGCAAUGCCCAGAGCACACCACAGUACAUCGUGGUCACAGUUACAGAGGGCUCCCUCCACUCCAAUGACUCAGUUUCAGACUCCAGUCCUCCUCCUACAGUGGUGCAGACUGGAGUUCCCACUCAAGUGGUGCAGCAGGUGCAGUCAUCCCAGCAGAGGUCAGUGGUUCAAGCCACAUCUCAGACAACCAAGACUGAACAGGGCACCCAACUGAGUGUCACCAGCCUUCAGCCUGUACACUUGACUCAGGAGCAGCUUCAGCAGGUGCCGGUGCAGCAUGUGUACACUAACCAGGUGCAGUAUGUGGAGGGAGACACUAACUAUACUACCAGUACCAUUCGCUCCAGCAGUUUCCCCUACACGGACACUCCCUUGUACACCCAAACCAGUGGCGGUCAGUACUAUGAGACCACCUCUGCCUCUGGCUCCCAGGCUGCCUCCCCCGGCACCCCUCUGACCGUUGCAGUGACCACAGGCUCCACUGGCGUCUCCAUGUUUGUUGCUGGGACGGGCCAGAUUGUGGCCAACCCCACGGCGGGCACAGGGGGCGGAGCCACGGCCGUGAUCGCAGCCUCAGGGGCGGCAUCCAGUGGCUCUGGAGAAGGAGGGGGUGGGGCUAACGGCAGUGGUGGUAGCUACGUGAUACAGGGAGGCUACAUGCUGGGCAGCGGGGGCACCAGCAGCAGCAGCAGCGGAAACGGCCAGAGUUACUCUCACACGGCCCGUGCGUCCCCGGCCACCGUGAGUAUUAGCGAGGGAGAGGAGAAUAGCGUGCCGUCGGCAGACAAAAAGCUGUCCUCUGGCCCUCAGGUGCAGUGGUUGUUGGAUAAUUAUGAGACGGCGGAGGGCGUGAGCCUGCCGCGCUCCACCCUCUACUGCCACUACCUGCUGCACUGCCAGGAGCAGAAGCUGGAGCCCGUAAAUGCUGCUUCCUUCGGCAAGCUCAUCCGCUCUGUCUUCAUGGGCUUGAGAACGAGACGACUGGGCACCCGAGGGAACUCUAAAUACCACUACUAUGGGCUGAGGAUCAAAGCCAGCUCCUCUCUUCUCCGGCUGAUGGAGGACCAGCAACACCUGGCCAUGAGACAGCAGCCAUUCUCCCAAAAACAGAGGUUGAAGCCAGUCCAUAAAAUGGAAGGAAUGACUAAUGGGAUGUCAUCAGGGACGGGACAGCAACAGCAGCAACAGGGAUCAGGUCUUUCUGAUAUCAGUGCUCAGGUGCAGCAGUACCAGCAGUUUCUGGAUGCAUCCCGUGCCCUCCCAGAGUUUCCUGAUAUCGACUUGCAGGGGAAACCUUUGCCAGAAGGUAUCGAGCUGGAGCACAUUAAGAGCUUUCAACUGCUCUACAGAGAGCACUGCGAGGCCAUCCUGGACGUGAUGGUGAACCUGCAGUUCACACUGGUGGAGACUCUGUGGAAAACCUUCUGGAGGUUUAGCGAGAGCCAGGCUGGAGACACAGCCACGCUGGCUGUUCACGAUGAGUCAGAGAAACGGCUCCCCAAGUCAUGCCUGGUGAUGCUGUGUAAAUAUGACCCAGUGCUCCGCUGGAGCCGGGACUGCGACAACACGCUGUACCAGGGCCUGGUGGAGAUCCUCAUACCAGAUGUACUGAGACCCAUACCCAGUGCCUUAACUCAAGCCAUUCGUAACUUUGCCAAGAGCCUAGAGAGCUGGCUCACUAACGCCAUGAUGAACAUUCCUGAGGAGAUGGUCCGCAUCAAGGUGACGUGUGCGAAUGCCUUCGCGCAGACCCUGCGCAGGUACACCUCUUUAAACCAUCUGGCUCAGGCUGCCCGCGCUGUGCUGCAGAACACUGCACAGAUCACCCAGAUGCUCAGUGACCUCAACCGAGUGGACUUCGCUAAUGUGCAGGAGCAGGCUUCUUGGGUGUGCAGAUGUGAGGAUCGGGUGGUGCAGCGCUUGGAACAGGACUUUAAGCUGACUCUCCAGCAGCAGAACUCAUUGGAGCAGUGGGCAGCUUGGCUGGAUGGUGUGGUGUCACAGGUUCUAAAGCCCUACCAGGCCAGCUCAGCCUUUCCCAAGGCUGCCAAACUCUUUCUGCUCAAAUGGAGCUUCUACAGCUCUAUGGUGAUCCGAGAUCUCACACUGCGCAGUGCGGCGAGUUUCGGUUCGUUUCACCUGAUCCGUCUGCUGUAUGACGAGUACAUGUAUUACCUUAUAGAACACAGAGUGGCUCAGGCCAAAGGAGAAACUCCGAUUGCUGUAAUGGGCGAGUUCGCAAGCCUUGGUCGCAGUCUGAAUACACUGGAUCCUGAUAAAGAAGAGGAAGAGGAGGAGGAAGAAGAGAGUGAUGAUGAGUGUCAGGAGUUGGCGCUGCCCGCUGAUGGAGCCGCUCUAGGGGAGGAGUCUCUGGAACCUCCGGCCAAGCUGGCCAGAACCGACCAGAGAAGAAAAUCUGGAGCUCCUAAAAUGGGCAAGACGCCGACUACAGAAUGACACAUGACUUCAGAGGCCUAUAGAAAUGCAGUGGAAUCCUGAACUUCACUGAACACAGACACACCUCACAAACACACACAACCGACAGUAUGUGUGUGGGUGUGUCAGUCAGCCCAACGAUGUGUGAAUGCAAUGGAGAGGCUUUGUGUUCAUUUCCCCACACCGGCACACAGUGCUGUGUCAAAGACAACAACAAAAACAACAUCCAACAAAACACUGGAAACGAAGCCUGAAGAUUCUUCUGGACACAGCAUUGGGCUCAAAGUGGCCACAUGAGGUUCUGUGGACGUCAUUCAAACUCCUGCGGCCUACGAGGGCAAAACAGGCACAUGUGGGAGACUGGCUGUAAGUGCGCGUGUGCGUAUGUAUGUGACGUAAUGUUGGCGGCAGCCCCGCUGUGUGUUGUCUGUGUGUUUGUGGGUGCACCGGGGCCUUACUGCCGCGCUGAUUUUAUCAGUGUGAACGUGCGUGCUUUUUUUGUGUUUGUGUGUGUGCGCGCGUAUGUCUGUAUAUAUGUGUAUGUUUGUGGUUCUCAAGAAGUGUUGAUAGUUGUUUAUGUUGGUGGAUAUUUUCAAAGGCAUCCAUAUCUCUUUUGUUUUCGUUGCCUUCAUUGAACACUACUGUGUGCUACAUCCUCGUCAGUGCUGAGUAGAUGCAGUUCAACUAUAAUGAUAGGGAUGUUUUUGUUUUUCCCCGUCAUUGUGUCACUUUAAUUCUCUCAUCUCUGAUUUUUUGUUUGGACAUCCCUUCAGUCUCUUUGCACUGUUUUGUGCACAUUUAAUGGUUUGUUGUAUAUCUGAUUCUGACCUACAGUCUCUCUUUACCAAAACUGCCUACACAGUCUCUUACACCCAGAGAGAGGGAGGGUGUAAAACUCACAUUAAUAUUGACAUGUCGAUCCGCAGAGUGAACAGGGAGUGAUGUGUGGAUAUACAGUACUGUGCAAAAGUCAGAGACCACCCUUCAUUUAUUUAAUUUCCAGUCAAAAACAGUUAUUAAGUUAUUCAUUUUUCAGAUCAGGAAAAAAGCAGAAAACAUAUUUCACAGAAAAGUACACAGAAGCCUUAACAACUGAAUAUAAUUUCUAAUUUCCCCAUAUUUAAUGUUUCUCCUUUUACCUUUUAUUAAAGCUUUCAUUCUCUUUAGGAGACUUGCUCUCAGUUUUUCAACGACAUCUGCAGGGACUUUUUUCCACACCUCCAAAGUUCAGUCCUAGAAGUUGGUUGCAAUUUGUGCUUCUCACAAGCCAAGUAAUCCCAAACACAUUCAGUGAUGUUGAGGUCUGGACUCUGGGGUGGUCAGUCCAUUAUUCUGAGACCACUAGCAGCUUCUUUAGUUGAUGAUGCAGAUUUUCUUCUUUUUUGUCCUUUUCUCAGGAACAGCUUCUUGACGGCUACACAUCUUUUCAGACUCAUAGCAUUGAGGUGUCUUCUCACAGUGGAAUGAUGGACAGAAACACCUGUGGAUUAUUUCAGAUCUGAAGCAAGAGUGGAGCUUGAUUUUCUCUCUCUCUUAAAUAUGAAAGCUUUAAAUACUGUUUUUUUUGAUGAUGGUCCACCAGGGCUUGCAUGAUUGUUAGGAGUCCCAUUUAUUGUGUCUUUUAGUAAAUUUUUGAACUCCUAUUUUGGAAACUCUGUUUUUCACUUGUUUUUUAACUUUCCCCUUCCUUAGACAAGUGGAAUCUUACAUCUAAUUUCAGAAUUAUCUAAGAAAAAAUUUAUAAUGUGUACUUUAUCAGCUGUUUUGACUGGAAACUGCUAAGGUUGUCUCUGACUUUUGCACAGCGUUAGGUUUUACAAAUCAUUUCAUUCUGUCUUUUUGACCCAUUUGCCCCCAUUUUUCCUAAGCAGGCUGACUCAUUUUACCUUCGUUGGAACACAUGUAUUUGAUCCUUUUCCUGUGUUGUAUUGAAACAGUGUGUCACUGUAAUUCUAUACCUGUCUCCCUUUGACUGAGGGAUCCUAAAGUACGUCACAUCAGUUCUGUUUCCUACGCUACGUGUCUAGCACUAUUUAUUAGACUGUACAUUUUGCGAGACACUGACGCAAACAUUGGCUGCCCUGGUGUUGACCUAUCAACAAACACAAACCAGCAUGUACUCUCUCCUCUCUCCCUCAGAAUCUAGUGAUACAAAGACAGAUAAGACAUAUCACACAAUCUUCUGAAGAAGGCUUUCAGUACAAUAGCCAUUUUCAUAACUGAAAAAUUUCCCUUUUAAGGUCAUUUCCGUUUCUUAUUAAAAAAAAAAGAAGAUAAAAAAAGAGUGCCAGUGUUUUAUGAAUCUUCUGAACCACAAGAAUGAUUGUGCCUUUGGAGUAAUCGAAUGAAAUUCAAAGGUUUUUAAUUUAAGCUAUGAAUAAAAUAAGAAUUUCUAAAAUUG